CAAUGAUGGGUAGGUACUGUAAAACCUAAUUAUCUAAAAUUGGCAUUAUUUUUAGUCGUUUUUGACUCAAUAAUGGCUGGUCGGUGCUAAUUAUCUCUCGCCUCUCUCCAUUUCGAUCCACUCAAUCACAGAGAAACACUCCUCUCUCUCUCUCUCUCUCUCUCUCUAAUCCACGAAGCAAUGUCAUGGCUGGUAAACUCCAUUGCCAACUCUCUUAAGCUUGACGACUCCGAAGAACACGUCACUACCACCAUUGAAGAUAAUCAACCAUAUCCAACUCCUAACCCUAACGAUGGCGACAAUCAUCAAAUACGCUCCUCCGAUUCACCUUCAUCAUCAGAUCAUCAAACUACUCCUCGCGGCGUUAAAGAUGAUCUAUCUGAAUUUUCCAAAACCCUAACUCGUCAGUUUUGGGGGGUUGCCUCAUUUCUUGCUCCUCCCCCUCAGAUCUCCGAUCGCGAUCCGCACACUGAUGAUUCCGACCAUGAUACGAGUGAUCUUGCCGGAAUUACUGGCAUUCGAAAUGAUUUGUCGGAGAUUGGAGGGAAAUUUCGGACUGGAAUUUCGAAGCUUUCGACUAAUAAGGCGGUUUCGGAGUUCACAAAAAUUGCGACGAAUUUGCUGCAGUUUGCAGCGGAAGAGGACUUGUCAAUUGAAGAGUAUGCACAGCGAGGGGUUGUUGGAGUUACUGAUGAAGUAGUGGCUUUUGCUCGUGAUGUUUCUGUGCAUCCUGAAACUUGGAUUGAUUUUCCUUUGCCUGAUGAUGAUGAGGAUGAAGAGUUUGACUUGUCAGAUGCUCAACAAGAACAUGCAUUGGCUGUUGAACGUCUUGCACCUGAAUUGGCUGCCCUUAGAACUGAACUUUGCCUGGGUUGCAUGAACGAAGGCUCCUUUUGGAAAAUUUAUUUUGUGCUUGUGCAUCCUAGACUUAGCAUACAAGAUGCUAAAAUUUUGUCUACACCACAGAUUGUGAAAGCUAGGGCAAUGCUAACCCAAGAGCUCCAUACCCGCGGUAAAUCGAUGUCAUUUGACUCCAGAAGUGGAAAAGCAUCAACAGAUGCUGCCGAGGUUUCUCAUGAAGAGUAUUUAUCAGUUCCUGGUGCCAAUCCUUCAGAGUAUUUACCAGUUGAGAUAUCAGCCGUAGAGCCAGCGUCAUCAGCUGAAGCAGAUCUUGCAAUAGAUAAGCAUCCUAUCAUUACUGCCGAAAUUCCGGUUGUUGACAAGGUGGUUGUUGAUGAGGUUUUUAAGAACACGGAAGCAGUGGCAGUACCCACUUCCAAUGCUAACCAAACUGAAGGCAGUGACAGGGAAGUUGCUGUGGAACUUUCAAAGGACAUCAAGAGUCCUGCACCAAGUGCCUCUAGAACCAUAGAUCAAAAAGAUGAAGAUGAUGUGGAUGAUUGGCUGAAAGAAGAUAGCACUGAAGGAGGUUCAUUCAAAGGAACUUCUUAUCAUAUAGGACAAGAUGAUGAUGUAUCGUUUAGUGACCUUGAGGAGGAAGAUGAUGUUCCCACUAGUUAUAAGAAAGAUGAAAACCCUAGCUCUUCCGGUAAAGAAUCUAGUGAUUGGAUUCAGCUAUCAGCUGAUUCUUCAAGGAUCGUCAAUAGAAAGAGUAUGGAUAGUUCCAGAUCCAACAAGGUUAGUGCCCAUAAGAAUAAAAAAUCUAGUGACUGGCUUGAUGUUGAAGAUAUUGAUGAUGCUUGAUGUCAUUACUUAACUAUUAUAUAUAUAUAUUUUAAAUGGGCACUCUGUGUUAUUUCCGGUUUCAGUUUUUAUGGUUUAUUUGGUUCGCAUGGAUGUCCUCUGUAAAAAAUAUACUAUUUUCAGUUUAUGAUUUAGUUCUACUUGAAUAACACUAUCUUAUAAGCUGUAAGAUUAAUCAUCAAUAUAAUGCCUCUUGUAUAUCA